UCCAGCAGCCCACUUGACACGCUCCUUGCCUAAAGAUCCUCCCUCCCAGCUCUUGCAAGCACCUAACUCGUCGUCUGCUGAUCCUCCUCCUUCGACACAGCCUCCUGGCGGAGGCAGCAGCGAAGUGUCGGAUUUGGGCACGCGAGGCCCGCUAUCCCCAGCUUGGGGGAGUCUAGUCUCUGCCCUCUGGCCUGGACAGUGUUGGACUCAGGGCGGGAGGAAUAAGGGGGUGCCCUCUAUUUCUCUGACCACAACCAGAACUCCAUAGCGCUAGCGUAGCCGGAACUAGCUAGGGAGGAAGGUUACUGCUUGCACGCAGAGUGCAGGGGAUUUCCAGGUUUUCUGCCUAGCUUUAGAGGAAAACGGGCGUCUGGGCGUGUGUGUAUGGAGUGCACUCUUUAGGAGAUAAAGUUCACUGUGUCAUCCAUUGAAUUUAUUUCGUCUUGAUUUCCUUUAUUGGGCCGCUUGGUUACUGUGCUCCGCGCAGGCAUGAAGACCCCGCUCGCAAAAACGGCUUCUGGGCAGCGGUCCAGGACAGGCUCAGGGCAUGGCAGUGUGUCUGUUACCAUGAUGAAGAGAAAAGCUGCAUACAAGAAGCAUAGGAGCAGACCCAUCUCCCAGCCUCCAAGGAAUAUCGUGGGCUGCAGAAUUCGGCAUGGAUGGAAAGACGGAGAUGAACCACUAACAGAGUGGAAGGGAACCGUUCUGGAUCAGGUACCUGUAAAUCCCUCUCUGUAUCUUAUCAAAUAUGAUGGAUUCGACUGUGUUUAUGGAUUGGAACUUCACAGAGAUGAAAGAGUGUUAUCACUUGAAGUCCUUCCUAAUAGAGUUGCAUCAUCUAGAAUCAGUGAUACACACUUAACAGAAAUUAUGAUUGGCAAAGCAGUGGAACAUAUUUUUGAGACAGAGGAAGGUUCCAAAAAUGAAUGGAGGGGGAUGGUCUUGGCUCAGGCACCUGUCAUGAAUACGUGGUUUUACAUUACCUAUGAGAAAGAUCCUGUAUUAUAUAUGUACCAGCUCUUGGAUGAUUAUAAAGAUGGUGACCUACACAUCCUUCCAGAUUCCAAUGAUUCUCCUCUCACAGAGAGGGAGCCAGGAGAAAUCAUAGACAGCCUAGUAGGCAAACAAGUGGAAAAUGCCAAGGAGGAUGGCUCCAAGAGAACUGGCAUGGUCAUUCAUCAGGUGGAAGCAAAACCCUCUGUGUACUUCAUCAAAUUUGAUGAUGAUUUCCAUAUCUAUGUCUAUGAUUUGGUAAAAACAUCUUAGAGGUCAUUUUGAAAUUUGCCAAAUAUGUGAAACUGCUUGUAAAAUCUAAACAGACAAAAAACUCUUGAUUGCUUUACAAUUUGUAAGAACCAUCUUCUCUUUUUCACACUUUUGCCUGGUAAAAAAUUAAAACUUCCACCCUCUCAGACAUGUUUUGAAGAAUCCUUCUGCCUUUAUCUCUAACCUUUUUAUGUGUUCCUCCCCACAGUAGAAUGAUUGAGUUAUCUAAUUAGUGAGAAGGGCAAAGUCUGACAUUCAUUGGCCCAUGUUUUUACCUUGGGUGGUGUUAAUAGACUAAAGGUAACUGAACACUUUUUGCCUCAUUCUUUUGGGCAUUUAGACAAUCUUCACUGAAGUGUGAAGCUUUUUGAGAUAUUCAAUAUGGCUGGCUAAGUAUCUUGGUAACUUCAACCCUCCCCUUAGGUUACUUCAAAUGUCUAAUUUGGGAAAGGAGUGAGAGGCUCAUGUUGGUCUUCCAUCCAAGUUGCAUUUUAAAUUCCAACUGUACUGAAAGUCUUAUUCUUGCACUUCUUGUUCAACUUGGUUCAAAAUCAAGAGGGAAGUUAUUUUGUAUUUUAGUGCAUAGGCUGAGAAAUCUUACAAAAUUGUUAAGGGGUAAGCAUUUAGGAACCAAAUGCAAGUAGAGAAAUCAUGGUUAGUCAUUAAUAGCAUUAGGAUUUCUGUUGUCUACAAUAGCUCUGGCUUGUACCUACAGAUAUGAAGUGGGUUUUUACAGACAUAGUCUGUGCAGACAGAAUUUAACACAAUUGGGCUUUGCCAGACCAAGGGAGCAUUAGGCCAGGCUCUAGCUAGAGUCCACAAUCACAGGGUAAAGGUUAAGUUUAGCAUGGUUGGCAGAUCUGUUCAGGACCUCAAAAUAAAGGAGCAAAAAUCUGGAAUCAGGCUGAGAUACAGGUUUCUUUCCUAUGCUAGAAGCGAUGCUUUGAAAAUGUUUAGAUUACAUUUUCAUUAGAUUAUUAGAAGACUUCUGAGUCCCAGCAUAUAAGGUGGGAAAGGCACUUGCUAGAACUAAAAAGACUGAAAAUAAACUUUGCUUCCUUGUAGGAAUUGGUGAGCUCAUUCAUUAUGGUGUCCUAGUAGGACUAUGAAACACAUGCUAGAUGAUCAAAAGACAGUGAUGUUCUAAGUGCUUUAAUGUUUCAAAUGCUGGCAUUAGUAGAUAGAAAUCUAAUAGAUAUUUGUUAAGUUUUUUCAGCUUUAUCCUGUUUUUUGGCUGGGCCUAAGAAACUCAUAUGCAGCUAAGGGUGAACCCUAUUUCAGCAGAAAAAUAAGUAAUAUCUUCCAUUAUUAAAGGCAUUAGGGAAAGUCAACUUUGGGAAAGGUUGAAAAAUAAGCCAAGUUUUGGAGAGAAGCAUCCAGUCAAAACCAAUGUGUUCUCACUGGGUUUCUAAGAGAAGCUCCAUUAGCACUAAAAACCAGGCCAUGGACUUCUGCAGAUGUGGCGUUGGGACUCAUGAUGGUACAAUCAACCACUUGGGUAGUAUCUUCCAAAUUAAAGUUCACAGGUCAUAGAGUCAAGACUACCAGCACAGAGAGACCACAUCCUGCUGAGGAUGAAACCAGGAAGAUACUCUCUUCUCCCAUGUAUUCUCUGUCUACUUUCCUUCCUUUUGCUGUCACUAAGUCUCUCCUUAGAUAUUUUUGAUGACAACUGCAGUGUGAGUCUGUAUUACUCUAUGUACUAAGUCCCAGAGACAUAAAUGUGUUUGAGUGUCUGUUUUAGAGGCUUAGGGUUAGUGUGCCUCCUGAUUUUGGAGAUGUGAA